AGGUUAGAGGGAUCCUGUUCCAGUGGUUUGCUAUAAAUCAACUCUCCUCCCAGCUUCACUUGUUCUCCACAGUGCUCACUGGACACUGAACUGAAUAUACGUCCUGCUCCUUUAAGGCUUCCUCAUAGAUGGGAAAUAUGACUUAACUGUAGGAGGGUGGUGCUUAAACAAACGGUGACAGUGACUGGCCAUGUGACCACUACCAAAGGACUCCAGAUCACCGGGAAGCUGAGAUCAGCAGAAUAUCGUCACACUUCUGUCUGUUAAAGACUUCUCUUACUGGAAUUAAAUUUUUGUGACAUUCAGAAAAUCUAAAAAAUAUUCGGAUUUCUCUGAAGAGAUCAGCUUUGACCGGUUGAAAGAAUAGUUAUUUUUGAAAAUUUGCGGGUAUUAAAGUUCAGAGAGAAAACUAGCUAUUGGGCAGUUUAAGCGAAUGUAAUUUGUUUUAUAAACUAUUUAUUUUAGACACAGAGGAAUUAGUGUGUGGAGUCCAGUGCCCAGUCCAUACAGUGGCUGCGGUGCCCAGGACAACCAGACGCGCCAGCGGUGCUCAAGGAUUCCUCUCACCUUUGCGCAAUUACCGGAGGGCAGCGGGCGUCAUCGCGUCACUUUGGUGAAUUACUCGCGCUUUUUCUACUCCGGAGUACCGCUGGUGACAAGAAGCCGGUGUCAAAUAUGCUGCAAAAUGGAAACGGAAAUGAGAAGCCGCUGCAAGCGCCAAAGGCUGAGGCAGAGCCGGACUCCCCGGUCGACGAACCGAAGCUGCAGCAGACCGCUCCCCCCGCAACUGACAGAGAGGACCCGGGCGGCGAGUCCACACACUUCGCCUUGCCCGAUUAUCCCAAAGUGGAGAUAAAGCGCAACGCGGUGACGGACGAGUAUAAGAUCUCCAGUCAGGUUCUGGGUUUAGGGAUCAACGGAAAAGUUCUUCAGUGCUUCAACAAGAAGACUGGAGAGAGGUGCGCACUGAAGAUUCUCUACGACAGCCCCAAAGCCAGACGAGAGGUGGAGCUCCACUGGCGAGUAUCAGGAGGACCGUAUAUUGUUCGCAUCAUCAGCCUGUAUGAAAACAUGCAUCAGGGAAAGAAGUGCCUGCUCAUCAUCAUGGAGUGUAUGGAGGGAGGAGAGCUGUUCAGCCGAAUCCAGGCCAGAGGAGACCAGGCCUUCACUGAGAAAGAGGCUUCUGAGAUCAUGAAGGACAUCGGCACGGCCAUUGAGUAUCUCCACCACAUUAACAUCGCGCACAGAGACAUCAAGCCAGAGAACCUGCUGUACACCCUUAAAGAAAGAAAUGGGGUCCUCAAAUUAACAGACUUUGGCUUUGCUAAGGAGACGACGCUACACAACCCUCUGCAGACCCCCUGUUAUACACCGUACUACGUGGCUCCUGAGGUUUUGGGUCCGGAGAAAUAUGACAAGUCAUGUGACAUGUGGUCUCUGGGCGUCAUCAUGUACAUCCUGCUGUGUGGCUUCCCUCCGUUUUACUCCAACACCGGCCAGGCCAUUUCUCCGGGGAUGAAGAAGAGGAUCCGGAUGGGGCAGUAUGAAUUCCCCAACCCAGAGUGGGCUGAGGUGUCACAGGAAGCCAAAAAUUUGAUCCAUGAGCUACUGAAGACGGACCCUAAUGAGAGAAUGACCAUCACUCAAUUCAUGAACCUCCCCUGGAUUAAUAAGUCUAUGGUGGUUCCCUCCACUCCGCUCCACACCACCCGGGUGCUGACUGAGGACAGAGAGCUGUGGGAAGAUGUGAAGGAAGAGAUGACCAGCGCUUUAGCGACCAUGCGUGUGGACUAUGACCAGGUUAAGAUCAAAGAUCUCGACACCUCCAGCAACCCGCUGCUCAACAAGAGACGCAAGAAGGCCGCUGCAGGGGCCAAGGGUGGCUCCACGGUCUGCCAAAGUCAGUGAGACGCGGAGGACUGUUGGUGGAAACCCAGGCGGGACAGCUGAUUGUGAUGACAAGCGGUUCACAAGAGGGAGUAAAAGCUGAUUUGUGCAGGAGAAGAUAAUUUAGAGAUUUGCCCGAGACUCUUGAGAGACUGGAUGUCGAGGAAAUAAAGGGGCAACAUAGGAACAACAUCACAGUGAGAGCUGGACAUUUAUAAGACGUAUCAAGACAUGAUAUCACCUGUUUCUCCUGUCAGUGGCAGACAUCAACAGCUCUGUUCACUGUGGUUUUAUCUGUUUUUAAUCAUUUUUAUGUAUGUACGUCAUUUUUAGACCAUGCCAGUUUGUAAGAGUGUCUGUGUGCAGACAUGGAAGUAUUUCUAGUGUUCGUGUUUUGUGUAUUUGAAUGCUGGGUUGCCUAUUUGAGGUCUCCUUUUGUAACUAUGCACUGGUGUGCAAAUCACACACAAAGAGAGACAAAGCAAACUGUGGACAGACUGAAACUAGUGCGCUCACUAUUACCUGCGUGGUUUUAACGCUGUCCGUCAAAGCAACGCAUGGCACUGACUGUCUUGUUAAUAACAUCCACUGCCUUCAACCCGAGUGAGUAUUUUUCAUUGACACGACAAUAAAAAUGGCCCCACACUUAUUACCCUGCAGUGAAUUUCACUCUGUGUCGCUGCUGCAGAUAAACAUUGUGUCUUCUUGAUGGAGCUACGAGAGGCAGCACACAACCUGUGAGUGUGAGGAAAGAGAGCUUCUUGUUUUAGUGGCGUAAUGGUUGGUUGUGCUACAUGGAUGAGUUGUGACACUUUUUUUGAGGAAGGUCUUGCGCGUGUGUUUAUGGGGGUUGACUUCACUGCUUCCAGUAAAUAGGGGCUGCAGGAUCACUUCACGUUAAAACAUCAGCAGUGCAGCCUUUCGAUAAUGGAAACCUCAUCUAUCAAGUACAUCCACUCCGUGUAGAAAUUGGAUUUGUUGAUACGGUUGUCAAUAAAACUUUACAAAGCAAA